AUGGUCCACAUCAACAACAUCAUCGUUGAGCCUACUCUUGUCAAUUCUUCCUGCGCAUGGGCCUCAGAUUUCGCUCAACUCGAGUCUCUGUACGAGUGCCCCCAUAUAGGCGCGGUGACGACAAGGACGGCAACACUCAACGGUUUCAAGGAGGACGAAAGCCAUACAGUCGCUUUCUCGAGCUCCACUGCCUCAUCACUUAACUCGUAUGGGUAUUCCCCUUAUCCUUUGGCCACGUAUCUCGAAUGGAUCCAGCAACUUUUAAACGGAAACCACUCGACAAAGCAGCCUCAAAAGCCGUUCAUCAUCAGUAUCACGGAGUCCAAACUGGAGAACCUCGAGCGAAUGGUGAACGACAUCCAAGCUUUGAGGGCCUCUAUUGACGAUAAGGAUUCCAAUCCGUCUCGUGUAGCAAUUGAGCUCAACACCUCUUGCCCAAACAUUCCUGGAUCACCACCAAGCGCGUACAAUUCAUUAUCGGACAGUGAUACGUCGCUCAGAUCACUCUUGAAGGUCCUACAAACGGCUCACCAGUCCGACCAUACUCUCACGAUUGGCUUGAAACUACCGCCGUUCGUGUACAGACAACAAUUCACCGAUUUCAUCACACUGUUGAAGGAUUCGGGAUCCAACUCCGAUACAAAAUCGUCCCCCAUCUCAUUCUUAACUUGCACGAACACAUUAGGAAACUCACUAAUGUUCUUGGAGGAGAUUGAUGAAGCAGGGAAGUUCCGGUUUGCGGUGCCAACUGCAACAGGUGGUCUGGCUGGGGAGGCUUUACAUGGGUUGGCGCUUGGGAAUGUUUUUACGUUUGCUGAGCUGCUUGCGAAGGAAGACGCCCUGAAGGACAUUGCGAUCAUCGGAGUUGGCGGGGUGACGACUGGGCAGGCUGCUUUGAGGAUGCGACAGGCUGGAGCUGCAGUGGUUGGGUGUGCUACAUUGCUUGGGAUAGAAGGGGUGAAGGCUUUCGAAACUAUUUCCAAUACAUAA